GUCAUAUAAGCCUGAGAUCUGCGACAUCAUAUCUGCUGAAUGCAGCGAUAAAACACACAGUUUUGAUUUCUGAGAAGGGAGGUGUUUGGGUCUUUCAGAGAGAAGUCAGGAUUUCGCUGCUGACCACCGAAGAUCUGCUGAACAUAAGGACCAGUGGAAAAGAGAGAUAAUACUCCAUUCAUACUCAGAAUGAAUUUGGUGAAUGGUACCACCGAGGAGAUAAAUGAAACUAACCCUUUCCUGCAUUGCCAAUCCACCCAAAGCCCUGCACCCGUGUUCCUGGGUAUUGUCAUGAUCACUGACAUGAUUGUGGGCCUGCCAGCAAGCAUAGUCGCUUUGUGGAUCUUCUGUUUCCGUAUGAAAUGUUGGAAACCCCACACUCUGUUCCUCUUUAACCUGCUUCUAGCUGACUUCCUGCUCCUCAUCAGCUUGCCCUUCCGCAUCCACAGUGACCUCCUAAAUACCUAUUGGGUGUUUGGACAAAUCUGGUGCCGUAUCAACCUCUUUAUGCUGGCUGUCAAUCGCUCUGCCAGUAUUGCAUUCAUGACAGUUGUGGUGCUGGAUCGCUACUUUAAAGUGGUCCAUCCGCAUCACUGCAUCAACCACAUGUCUUCAGCUCAGGCAGGUUGGUUUGCAGGCCUGAUAUGGACUGUUGUGAUCGCCCUUCGGAUUCCACUGGUGACAACCAACCUCCUCUACCAGAAUGGCAACAUCUCUCUGUGUCGCAGCUUUAACUCCUACAAUGCAGAACCCUGGCCAAUAAAGGUACACUACAUGACUUUCAUUGCAGAGUUCUUCUUGCCCUGGUUUUUGUUGCUGUUCUGCUCAGCCCGGAUUGCCUGCUCUCUGCACCAACGGCGGAUGGUCAGGCAGAAGAGGGUGCGAAGGGCCAUCCGAGCAGUAGGGGUGAUCAGUUUGGUGUUCACCAUCUGCUUCAUGCCAAGUAUCCUCACAGGCUUGGGUGGGAUGUACAUCCGCUAUUUCUACCCCAAGGACUGCCCAUCCUACAAUCUGAUUUCCCAACUCUUUGUGAUCUGCAUAGGCUUCACCUACCUCAACAGCGCUUUGGAUCCGGUCAUUUACUCUUUUUCUAGCUCUAUGUUUCGUGAUGCCCUCAAGAGCUCCAUCAGCUGCCUGGGCUUCGUGAAGAAGAAUACCAGACCAGCAAACAACAGAGGAAAAUAAUACAAUAUUAUUUUUAAUGGACAGACCGGUCCAGAACAAGGUUGCAGGUUCAACCCUCAGACUUUUUUAUUCUAUCAUUGAUUAAACUGACCCUUAAAAUCAAGAAGGCCUUAUGACCCCCUGUGAAGCUUUGGCGAGGUCGGGACCCCCAGGUUUAUAACAAGUGCUGGAGGUAACCCUGAAACAAAAUGGUGCCACUGUUAAAUGAUUUAAAUUACCAUAUGUUAGUCUGGUUAAUGCCAAUAGAUCGAUGACAGGAAUGCUGCAUGGGAAUGCCCUGCACAGUUCUGUGUCUGCAAGUAUCGGCCAUCACUGUAUUUUUGGAGGAAGCUUUGUUAUAACAUCCGUAACGUCAGAUACACAGACCAGUGGAGUUCCUGCAAAUGUUCCUUGUUUAUGUUCAAAC